GGUUUUGUACUUUAGAUUGAUGAACAGCAGGUGGAUCCAAAUACCAAAAGUUUGAUUUAUUAAUACUACUGUUUAAGAUUAUUAAAUAUUAUGGGGGGUUUUGAUGUCAACUGUUGUUAUUAAUUAAUUAGAUUUUGUUGUAAUGAUCUUUGGAUGGAAUGAGUACCAGCAGAUAUUACUUCAGAUGCAUUGAUUUUGCUUUUUAUUUUUCCCGGGCAUUUUUUGUGAUCUUUUGCAAAACUUUCCUGAAAAUCUGUUCAGAUCUGGACUUUUCUUCUGAUGAAAGCUUUUGCCAUUAAAAGAUACCGGGAUUUUCAAGAACUUUAACUGAAGGCUUCUUUUCUUUCACCUUUUUGGUUGAAGUGAUCAUGUGAUGUAUUGUUUUCCCAGUUAGCUUUAAUUACAUCCUACAUGUGAGGAAAAAAUUGUGGUCUAGUUAUCUUCAUCCAUGUGUUCAAUUUGAUGGAGUUGGAAGACCAGGAUGUGUUAGCAGUUCCCUGUUUAUAUAUGUUGCUAAAUUUCGUGUUUCGGUGGAGAAGACGGCGAUUGUCGGGGUUUUGAAGCUUUAAGUUGAAUUCUGUUCGUGAUUCUGUGGUCUCUCUGCGAAUUUGGCGUGGUUUCGUUUGGUGUUGUGCAGGCUGAGACGAUGAUGAUGUUUGAUGACAUGGGGUUUUGUGGGGAUCUUGAUUUCUUUUCCUCUGCUCCUAUAAAGGGCGCGGAAGUGUGUGCUCCUCAGGCUGUUGAGGUGGAGCCAGUGGUAGAUGAUGAUUACACAGAUGAGGAGAUUGAUGUGGAUGAGCUUGAAAGGAGGAUGUGGAGGGACAAGAUGCUGCAUAAACGGCUGAAGGAGAUGAAUAAGGGGAAAGUAGGUGUGACUGAUGCCGCAAAGCAACGGCAGUCACAAGAGCAGGCAAGGAGGAAGAAGAUGUCGAGGGCGCAAGAUGGGAUCUUGAAGUACAUGUUGAAAAUGAUGGAAGUAUGCAAAGCUCAAGGCUUUGUUUACGGAAUCAUUCCGGAGAAAGGCAAGCCGGUGAGUGGGGCAUCAGACAAUCUCAGGGAGUGGUGGAAGGAGAAGGUCCGAUUUGAUCGGAAUGGACCGGCUGCUGAGGGUGUGAACCCCAUUGGUCCAACUCCGCACACGUUGCAGGAGCUCCAAGACACGACUCUUGGUUCAUUGUUAUCGGCUCUGAUGCAGCACUGCGAUCCUCCUCAGAGACGGUUUCCGUUAGAGAAAGGCAUCCCACCUCCUUGGUGGCCGAGUGGGAAGGAAGAAUGGUGGCAUCAGUUGGGCUUGCAGAAGGAUCAAGGGCCGCCUCCUUACAAGAAGCCUCAUGAUCUGAAGAAGGCGUGGAAAGUGGGGGUUCUGACAGCAGUCAUCAAGCAUAUGUCUCCCGAUAUUGCUAAGAUUCGGAAGCUUGUUAGGCAGUCGAAGUGCUUGCAGGACAAGAUGACGGCCAAGGAAAGUGCUACUUGGCUGGCCAUCAUCAACCAGGAGGAAGCUUUGGCGCGAGAACUCUACCCUGACCGCUGUCCUCCUUUGUCCUCGUCAGGUGGCAGUGGAGCAUAUGCUAUGAAUGAUAGCAGUGAGUAUGAUGUUGAAGUGGCUGACGAGGAGUCGAACUUUGAUGUGCAAGAGCAAAAACCUAAUCCCCUUGGUUUGUUGAAUAUCGGGAUUGACAGGUUCCAAGAUAGAUUUCCGGUUCAACAACAAUCUCAUGCCAUCAAGGAUGAAGCAAGUGCUAACUUGGAGUUCUCCAGGAAGAGAAAAUCGGACAAAGAACUGAAUGCGAUGAUGGAUCAGAAGAUAUAUACAUGUGAGUAUCUUCGAUGCCCGCAUGGUGAACUUCGUCAUGGUUUUCAUGACAGAACUUCAAGAGACAAUCAUCAAUUCUCUUGCCCUUACAAGCAUUCUUCCGAGUUUAGGGCUUCAAACUUCAACAUAAACGAAGUGAAGCCAAUCAUUUUUCCUCAAUCUUUCGUCCAGCCAAAGCCGGAUCCUCUGCCUUCUAAUCCACCUGCUCCUUCCUUUGAUCUUUCGGGACUUGGAGUUCCAGAAGACGGGCAGAGGAUGAUCAACGAGCUUAUGUCGCUCUAUGACAACAAUGUUCAAGGAAACUCAAAUAUGGGCAACGGCACAGCUACAAAGGAGAAGUCUCUUCAGCACCGCAACGGCCAAUACCAACCAGACGGCUACCUUCGUGGUCAAGGAAUGAACAUAUUUGAAGACAACAACAUACCUAAUAAUCCAUCAAUAUUCAGUCCGCCAGAUCGUUUUGACCAGUGCAAGGUUAUGAAUUCGCCUUUCAGCUCCAACCCUGCUGAAAAUUUCCAGCUGAUGUUUAGUUCCCCAUUCAACGUACCAUCCAUCGAUUAUACAGAAGCAUUUCCAGGAGUUCCAAGGGAUAACCUGCCGAAGCAAGAUGUCACCAUCUGGUACUAAGAAGAACAUCACGGCCCCUACCGUGUAGCAGUCAGCAUUCGAGGUCUCUGAGACAAGUUCACAAACACAAUAGCUCUCAUCCUCAUAAGGUGGAAUUUUAUCACCUAUGCUGUCUUAGUUAGUUUCUUAUGGUAUUCCUAUUACCUUGUAGAGUUGUAGAGGUUUUAUGUUGAACAUGGCUUGUAAUAAACAAGUUAAGGUUGCAUAUAGCCUAGUCUCUCAAGACACUUUACCAUGCUAUGCUAAUAGCACAAGACCCUUCAUAGAUGUUAUACACA